GCGAGCCAGUUCCCACGGCCAGGGUCGGUAGGGCUUGGCAGACUGGGGGGGAGUGGGGGAGGGAGCCUCAGCCCCUGGGAGGCUCUCUGCGCACGCGCGUCUCGGCGCAUCAGUUGGGCGUGGCUGCAGGGCUUGUGACACAGUCCGCUGAGCUCUGUGACGCAGCUGCUAGCUGAGACGGGAAGCGGCCGCCGCGCCCCCGGCCCGCCCUCUUCCGCCGCCGCCGUGGGAAUGGAAACAUCUGUCCCACGUGCCGGAAGCCAAGUGGUGGCGACAACUGCGCGCCACUCCGAGUCCUACCGCGCAGAUUCUCUCCGUGUGUCCUCGCGAGACGAGCUCCUCGAAAUGGCUGCGUCCAGUCAAGGAAACUUUGAGGGAAAUUUUGAGUCACUGGACCUUGCAGAAUUUGCUAAGAAGCAGCCAUGGUGGCGUAAGCUAUUCGGGCAGGAAUCUGGACCUUCAGCCGAAAAGUAUAGUGUGGCAACUCAGCUGUUCAUUGGAGGUGUCACUGGAUGGUGCACGGGUUUCAUAUUCCAGAAGGUUGGAAAGUUGGCUGCAACAGCUGUGGGAGGUGGAUUUUUUCUCCUUCAGCUUGCAAACCAUACUGGGUACAUCAAAGUUGACUGGCAACGAGUGGAGAAGGACAUGAAGAAAGCCAAAGAGCAGCUGAAGAUCCGUAAAAGCAAUCAGAUACCUACUGAGGUCAGGAGCAAAGCUGAGGAGGUGGUGUCAUUUGUGAAGAAGAAUGUUCUGGUGACUGGGGGAUUUUUCGGAGGCUUUCUGCUUGGCAUGGCAUCCUAAGGAAGAUGACCUCAUUUUCAUUGUUCCUGGUUUUUUCUAGCCAGCAGCCUCUACACUCCAUCAUAGGACAUCAAGUCCCUCCUCUUCUCCCGUGCCUUCCUCCCUGCCAUGGCAAAUCCGGGUGGCUUCUAUAAGCAUCUGUUGGUGCAAGUUACUGUGGCACCAUGAGCUUGAUGGUGGCAGAAGAGACAGUAGUCCUUAGCUCUCCUCCCAGUACACCCCCUACUUGGUCAGUCUAUAGGUCAGCAAGAAGAUUCCUUUACCCCCAUGCAAGACACUUAAACCAGAACACAUUGCAAGCUGGCUCACCGUGGAAGAUGACUGGAUCCUGAAAGGUUGUCUCAAACUGUUGAUUUGGAAAAGAAAUAAGCACAUAGAUAACCUUGUUGUGUGCUGCAUGGAAAGGAACUGAAUACAUUUGCCUUUAAGCAUGAAA